GCCUAGCUAUCUUCACGUUGAUGACGUUAUAUUUGUUUUGACAAAUUAUAGGUUAUAAUGUCAUCAGCGACAGUACCAUUGCUAGACGAUACGAUACCCUUCGGCGAUGAAGAGCUCCAUAGCAGUGCUUCAGGAAAACUAACCCAUCCCUACGUUACAUUUUUCCAUUUAUUCUUUCGACUGUCUUCGGUAGUGGUGUAUAUAUUAUGCGGGUGGUUCAGCGAAAGUUUCAUCACCAGCUUCGUAGUACUAAUUUUAUUAUUAUCUAUGGACUUCUGGACGGUGAAAAACAUCACGGGACGGUUAAUGGUCGGGUUGAGAUGGUGGAAUUAUGUGGACGACGAGGGGAAGUCGCACUGGGUGUACGAAGCGAGAAAGGGUCCGUCACAGAACCGGGUGAACGAGCGCGAAUCUAGAAUAUUUUGGAUCGCCUUAAUACUGAUACCGCUGCUGUGGUGCGUCUUCUUUCUCAUUGCACUGUUUCGGCUAAACCUCAAGUGGUUGUUGCUGGUUACAAUUGCGCUAAUUUUGAACGGUGCAAAUUUGCACGGGUAUAUCAAGUGUAAGGUGGGAGGUUCUGAAAGUCUGAGUACCGUUACUUCGAAUUUCUUCCGUCAGCAAGUCUUACAAAAUGCAAUAGCGAUGGUGACGAGGCAAGCAACAGUACCAACUACAAAUCCGAUGGGAUCUACAGUGAAUACAAUUUAAUGAAAUUGAUUUUUUUUAACUUCCUCUUGCUUGUGAUCUUAAUUUAAUUCGUUUAAGUUAACAUUAAGUUUAUAUUUUUAUGUUCAAAAUAUAUAGUGUCUUUUGUUA